AUGUACCAGCUGGACCGGGAUUUAGAGGAGGCCCAGGAGCGGCACCGCCGUACAGGGAAUAGUGAAACGUUUACCCUCAUGCCCCUUCCGGAGAUUGAUACCACCCAGGUGGACAUGUAUUCGGACGGGGACGACUGUGCCGAUUUUGAAGAAGACGCAGUCGGUUGGGACGAUGCGUUCGACAUAUUCGAUGACAUGUCUUUAAUUGACUGCCUGAGAUACCUUGCUGUAUCGCAUCAGCUCCCCCGUUCGACGGUCAACAUGAUGCUGGCGAUCCUACGGAAGAAGCUGAAUUUAAAUCUUCCCAAAGAUGCGCGGACGCUUGUAAAGACACCCACUGGGGUUGGGAAAAUUAUAACUCCCAUUCCUGGUGGUGAUUUUUGGUAUGGAGGUCUUAAGCCGGUCCUGACCCAGCAUUUGCAGAACGUCAAUCCCGAAGUGACACCUUUUUCCUUGGACGUGUCAAUCGACGGGCUACCACUUCACCAUAGUGGGCCAACCCAGCUUUGGCCAAUACUCGUGCGAGUGGUAGAGUUGCCAAAGCUACCGGUGAUGGUGGUUGCUACAUUUAGUGGUCCAUCAAAGCCGGAAAGCAUCAUCCCGUUUCUUCGGCCGUUUAUAGAUGAGCUGAAUCUGAUUCAGCGGGAAGGCUUGGUAAUCGGCGAUAAAACGGUGCAAUUUGGAGUUCGCGCUUUUAUCGCUGAUUCGCCUGCUCGAGCACUUUUAAAGGAGCAAUAA